GCCUCCGCCGCCCCUUUCCCGCGCUCCUGCCGCCUCGGCCGCCGCCGCCGCGAGCUCGGCCGCCAGUGGUCCGCGGACUUUGGGUGUCCGGGUUGAAGGUCGGUCCGGACGUCGGACCCAGAUCGGUUCCCGGACUGUCCGCGGCCGCGCCGCCUUCUCCUCGCCUCAGCCUGGGGUUUUGUUCCGAGAGAUCCGAGAGGCGAGCGGAGCUGACAGUGAUUUUGACAGUGAUUUAAACCCGCUUUUGUUGUUGUUGGCUUUUCGUUGUUUGGUUUUGUGUGUUGUGCGUGUGUGUGGCGAUUUUUUCCCCGUGGUGCCUUUUUUUUUUUUUUUUAUUGUUGUGCAUUUUUUUUCCUUUUUUGUUUUUCAAACCCCGUGUUUUUUUUUUUUUUUUUUUUUUUGUUUUUGUUUUGUUUUUUGCUCGGGGCUUCCGAAUAUGUUUUAUGACGGUUGAUUUUACACCAGGAGGUUUGUCUCCGAGGAAGAUCCAGGGAACUGGAUAUCUAGCGAGAACUUCCUACGGCUUCCCCGGCGCCUCGGGAAAAUGGGAGCUGCUGCAAAGUUGGCGUUCGCCGUCUUUCUUAUCUCUUGUUCUUCAGGUGCUAUACUUGGUAGAUCAGAAACUCAGGAGUGUCUUUUCUUUAAUGCUAAUUGGGAAAGAGACAGAACGAAUCAAACUGGUGUGGAACCCUGUUAUGGUGACAAAGAUAAACGGCGACAUUGUUUUGCUACCUGGAAGAAUAUUUCUGGUUCCAUUGAAAUAGUGAAACAAGGUUGUUGGCUGGAUGAUAUCAACUGCUAUGACAGGACUGAUUGUAUAGAAAAAAAAGACAGCCCUGAAGUAUAUUUUUGUUGCUGUGAAGGGAAUAUGUGUAAUGAAAAAUUUUCUUAUUUUCCAGAGAUGGAAGUCACACAGCCCACUUCAAAUCCAGUUACACCUAAAGCACCGUAUUACAACAUUCUGCUCUACUCUUUGGUGCCAUUGAUGUUGAUUGCAGGAAUUAUCAUUUGUGCAUUCUGGGUGUACAGGCAUCACAAGAUGGCCUACCCUCCUGUGCUUGUUCCAACUCAAGACCCAGGACCACCCCCACCUUCUCCAUUACUAGGUCUGAAGCCGCUACAAUUACUAGAAGUGAAAGCCAGGGGAAGAUUCGGUUGUGUCUGGAAAGCACAGUUGCUCAAUGAAUAUGUAGCUGUCAAAAUAUUUCCAAUCCAGGACAAACAGUCAUGGCAAAAUGAAUAUGAAGUCUAUAGCUUGCCUGGAAUGAAGCAUGAAAACAUACUACAGUUUAUUGGUGCAGAAAAACGAGGCACCAGUGUUGAUGUGGAUCUUUGGCUAAUUACAGCAUUUCAUGAAAAGGGUUCACUGUCAGAUUUUCUUAAGGCUAAUGUGGUUUCUUGGAAUGAACUAUGCCAUAUUGCAGAAACUAUGGCUAGAGGAUUGGCAUAUUUACACGAAGAUAUACCUGGUCUGAAAGAUGGCCACAAACCUGCAAUAUCUCACAGGGACAUCAAAAGUAAAAAUGUGUUGUUGAAAAACAAUCUGACAGCUUGUAUUGCUGACUUUGGGCUGGCUUUAAAGUUUGAGGCUGGCAAAUCUGCAGGUGAUACCCAUGGCCAGGUUGGUACCCGGAGAUAUAUGGCCCCGGAGGUUUUAGAAGGUGCUAUAAACUUCCAAAGGGAUGCAUUUUUGAGGAUAGAUAUGUACGCCAUGGGAUUAGUCCUGUGGGAGCUGGCUUCUCGAUGUACUGCUGCGGACGGACCGGUAGAUGAGUACAUGUUGCCAUUUGAAGAGGAGAUUGGCCAGCAUCCAUCUCUUGAAGACAUGCAGGAAGUUGUUGUGCAUAAAAAAAAGAGGCCUGUUUUAAGAGAUUAUUGGCAGAAACAUGCUGGAAUGGCAAUGCUCUGUGAAACGAUAGAAGAGUGUUGGGAUCACGAUGCGGAAGCCAGGUUAUCAGCUGGAUGUGUAGGUGAAAGAAUUACCCAGAUGCAAAGACUAACAAAUAUCAUUACCACAGAGGACAUUGUAACAGUGGUCACUAUGGUGACAAAUGUUGACUUUCCUCCCAAAGAAUCUAGUCUAUGAUGGUUGCACCAUUUGUACACACUGAGAAAUGGGACUCUGAACUGGAGCUGCUAAGCUAAGGGAACUGCUUACAGUUUAUUUUUGGUGUGAAAUGAGUAGGAGGCCUCCUGGAGAUGAAAGCAAGCAGCCCCUUGUGGAAAAGUGUGGCACGGGGAGACUCACUGCAUUGCCUGCAGCACAGAUGUGAAGGACUCGAGGCUAAGAGAAAAGCGGCAGACUCUAUAACAAAAACUUUUGAAAAAAAUGUACAUGAAGAAUGUGGCCCUCUCCAAAUCAAGGAUCUUUUGGACCUGGCUAAUCAAGUGUUGGAAAGCUGACAUCAGAUUUCAUAAUGUCUGUCAGAAGACACUAAUUCCUUAAAUGAACUACUGCUAUGUUGUUUUUUUUAAAUCAAAAACUUUUCAUUUCAGAUUUUAAAAGGGUAACUUGUUUUUAUUGCAUUUGCUGUUGUUGUUUCUAUAAAUUACUAUUGUAAUGCCAAUAUGACACAGCUUGUGAAUGUUUAGUGUGCUGCUGUUCUGUGUACAUAGAGUCAUCAAGUAAGGGGUACAGUAAAGAGGCUUCCAAGCAUUACUUUAACCUCCCUUUCAACAAGGUAUACCUCAGUUCCACGGUUGCUAAAUUAUGAAAUUGAAAACACUAACAAAUUUGAAUAAAUUGAUCCAUGUUUUGUAACAAGGUAUUACAAAUUCACUGUGUUAUUUAAGAAAAAAUGGUGAACUAUGCUUAGUGCCAAUAGUAAGUGACCAUUCGUAAAGCAGUGUUUUAGCUUUUCUUGUGCUGGCUUGUAAUUUAAGGAGAAAAUGCUGGUUUUAUUAUUUUUUUAAUGAAAAACAAGUGGUAUAUUUCCCCAUUACUUACAUGUUUCUAAAGCUUCAUCUUAUCUGGGUCCCAAAAUACUGCAUACUUCUUUCUUUUUAGGUGUGCUGUGUUUAGGGAAUAUUUAAAAUACUAAAGCAUGACUUCAGUUUGGUUUUUUUUUUAAGUGAGCUAUGACACUGGAAAGCUCUUCAUUUUAUCUUUUUAAACCUUUUUCCUAUUUAUAUAUGUAAAAUUUUAGUAUAUUUUUUCACCAGUGUGUGGAACAUUCUUUAUCACUGUUUUAGGAUCACCUCAGGAAGUGUCAUUACGCAGAACUCCUCACUGUUUUGAGAUUUGUAAUUUCAUCACUUAUGUUUGGUGCCAUCUUGUGAGAGUAGUAUUUGAUGUCUGGGAUUUGUAAAGAAUUAUUUUAGGAUAGUGAUUAUUAAUCUUUAAGCACAGAUUAAGAUGUUACUGCUUUAAAACAAAUCAGGGAUAACAAGUUAAAGUUUUAAUUUAAAAUAUGCAAUGACAUUUAGAGGUAACCAGUGUUGAUACAGGUAACAACCUUGUUUCUUCCCCAAAAUUGCUUUCACAACUAACUUUGAUAUUAAUUUAGGAUAGUUCAUGCCUUAUCCUUGCUAAGGAAAUGGAAUUGAUGGUGGGUGCCAAAGUGCUUUUUAAAACAUUGCAUUAGAAUAUAAUUGGAUUCUUCCUCAAAUUUGUACAGGCCAAAGUACAGGGGAACAUUAAUUUCCUGGAUUUCUAGAUUACUCACUGAUCAAUAGCUAGUAUUAUACUUUGUACUUCUUUUCAGGUCAUUUUAAAAUCUGUGCAUUUUGUAAUCAGAUUUUUUACAUGUCACUAUCAAUAGCUCACUGCGAAUGUGUUGUAUUCAAAUGGUUAUUUACACACUACACUACACUUUACAAUAUAGUAUGUACUUAAAUCUUUGGGAAGAAGUGUUAUUUAUAAACAAUACAUAGGUCAUCAGACUCCAAGCAGGGAGGUGAAUGACAGUAAAUAGCAUUUUUGUCUGUGUGCCGCAUACCAUACACAACUGUUUGUGCUCUUGGUCAUGUGCGUAUCCAUGGUCUUGCAUUCCUAAGAAUUUCCAUUUCAGUGUUUAGCACUUUUAUUUCAAAAAGUACUGUUUCUCUAUUUUUUGAUUUAGUGUUGCUUACAUUUGGAAACUAAUCCAGGGCAAAACACAGAAUGUGUAUAGAGGAAAAUUGUUAAUCUCCAACAGACAAAUUUCUGCCUGUCAUAAACACUUAACCCUCAUUAAAGUUAAAAAAAUUGAAAGAAAAAUAAAUGAGGGAUAUUAUGAAUGUUUGGCUUAUGAGAGCACUAGAGAUAAAUUUUUCUAAGACCAGUUAUUUACAGUAUAAAAUGUUUUGUCUUCAUGUUAGGAAACAUUUUUAGAAAUUCGGGGUGUUGUACUUAACUCUAGCUAACCAGUUUUAAACUUGUAUCCUUUUGAGAACUUCAUUAAUAGAGAAAUCUUUUAUAAGCAGUAAAAUAAGAAUGUUCCAGUGACUACCUGUUCUGAUACCUAGUCUUGUUAAAUCUUUUCUUUUGCAGGGCAUUUUAGUAUUUGGUUUACAGUCCAUGCAGAGUGGGCAAGUUAGCCCAGAGUGUGAGCUAGGGAUACUGAAGAUCAAUGAAUUGAGCAAGAUUAGGAUUUCUGUUCUGGGGAAACAGACCCAGUGACUUUUCCUCAUGUAUGGUGCUCCUCAUGACUUGUCUUGUACUUUGCCUUUCUGAUACCAUCAGAACUGCUGCUCUUAUAUUUUCUACCUUGCCCAAAUCUCCCAUGUUAAAAAUGCUUUAUGAUCAACUGCCAUAGGACUGAUGGAUUAACUAGUGUUUGGCUUUAUUCAAAGUCCAUGCCCUGCACAGAUCUUAUAUGUAUUUUAGAUGCUAGGAAGUUUUUAGCAUGUGAUGUGUGAUUCUUGUUUGAAUGUUUAUUACAGGUACCUUGUGAAUUCCAGAAGAGACUGUGCCUCACAAUUGUUAGUCCCAUGAACUUGUAGUAUCUUUCAUGGCGAUAUUUUGAAAAUACAAUCAGGAAAAAAACCUAACUUCCUUGGGAUUUAAGAAUAGAAUCAUCACAAAGUUUUUAAAGUCUCUUCCACCCCCUCUUCACUUCUGAGUAAGUUACAUUUACCUAAAAUGCAGGUGGUUGAGAAAAACCACUGGCCAGAUGGUAGUUUAGUGGAAUAAACUGAUUACUAUUUUUUUAAAAAAGAAAGCUUCAUCACAAAUAUUUUCCAGUUUCUCUUUUUUACUUUUUUGAAAAAUUACUUUUUAGGAACAUUUGGUAUAAUGUGCAUAAAAUUAUUUACAACUUAUGGGCAAAAUGAUACAAGUAGCAUCUUGAUUGAACAUCAUUUACCUCAGAUACUCAACCAGCAGUAUGUUUUUUAUGCAGUCUCAACCCAUAUCCUAUUUGUUACCUCUCAAGGUAUUGGUGAGCAGUUAUUUUAGCUUUACUCUGUAUUUCCUGUCAGUCUUUUGGGCACAGAUUGUUGUACUACUGUCAAAUCGUACUUGCUAUUUUUUUUCUGCAAGUAUUUAACAGCUAAAAAAAACAAAACCACCCCAGAGACCCCCCCACCUUGGAUAAGUGAUUGUUAAAUAUUGUAUAAACAAAAUGUAUGCUAUCCCCAUUCCAUCCCAAGUUAAAUAAAAAAUGAAUAUGGUAU